AGAGAGGGGGGUUGAGGGAGAGGAAGCUUGUAGUGCGAGAGAGAGAGAGAGAGAGAGGAGGGGGUGAGAGAGAGGGGAGAGGAGAGGAGUGGCGGUAGCAGUAGUGUGCUGUUGUGCCUCGGAGGGAGCUGUCCACACACUGUGGUUCUGAAAGUGGAGCGCUGCUCUGCGGCAACGAACAGAAAAGAGGACAGAGGAGGAGGAAUAAAAGAAAAACAGGAAAGAAAGAAAAGAAAAGAAAAGACAGACAGACACAAGGAAAACAGAGCAAAGCAAAAAAGACUACCUACUGAAGAGAGAAGGGAAUUGAGGACAUCUCUCUGACGGGAAGAAGAAAGCGCUGGACUUAAGGGAAAGGUGACGAAAACAAGUGAUCAUUUCACCACUCAAGUCCUUCCUUUGGCUUGGAGUUGGAGAGGAGCCGAGGAGUAUUCUGCCAUUUGUCUUGUUCCUUUUUGUGUUGGAAACAAAGUUCAACUGUGACAAAAGCUAUCAGCACGCCGGCGGUGACUGCUCAUACCCCUGACUGUGCGCUCUCUCUCUCUCUCUCUACUUCUCUCUCUCUCUCUCUCUCUCGUCUCUCUCUGUUAUCUCUCUGAGCUCUCACUCUGUUGCUCUCUCCAGCUACCCCCUCUCUCGCUCUUUCUACCGCUCUCUCUCCUUCUCUAGGGCACACAUAAAUUUGUCAGAGAGGAGGAGAGUGCUGCUGUGUGUGUUUGUGUGUAUCAGUGCGUGUGUGUGUGUGUGUGUGUGUGUGUGUUUGUGGAACACAGACAUCAAGGCAGGAGAGGAAGAUUGGGACCCACACAGAGAGAUCAUUGUCUGAGGGCUCAGCAGACUCUCUGUUGGAUUUCUGGCGACGGGCAAAGUGGAAAGAAGCAUCUUUUUCUUACUCUUCCUUUUUUAAAGAAAACAUUCUCCAGGGUACCUUUGUUCAUCAGCCUCGUCGCUUUUUUAAAGAUCACUUGUUUGGGAUUUUUGCUGCCUGAUCAACCAACUACUCCAGCAGCUGUUCACUAUUAUCGUCGGUUCGCCAUCACAGACUCGUCUCUCCAGGUUUUGCCCCCCCACUACUCUGCCAUCAGUGGCCCUGGCAGACAUUUGAACUUUGACCUUUGUUCAUCUCCGUCAGACGUUUUGCGAGCCCUCCCUCCUCCCCCAGGUCAGGAUGUCGGGCUGUGCCAAGCGCUGCAAGCGGGGGAUUGUGAAGUUCGCCAUCUCCCUGCACAAGCUGGUGACGGGGACCCUCAUCAAAGAUAAGAAUGAUGACGAUCUGGAGAUGACCAUGGUCAUUCACCGGCCCGAGGGCCUUGACCAGCUGGAGGCCCAGACGAACUUCAACAAGAAGGAGCUGCAGGUCCUCUACCGUGGCUUCAAGAACGAGUGCCCCAGUGGAGUGGUCAAUGAAGAUACCUUUAAACAGAUCUACUCACAGUUUUUCCCACAUGGAGAUGCCAGCACAUACGCUCACUAUCUAUUCAACGCCUUCGACUCGGAGCACAAUGGAUCCAUCAAGUUCGAGGACUUUGUUACGGCUCUGUCUAUCUUGCUGAGGGGCUCGACGAGAGAGAAGCUACAGUGGACGUUCAACUUGUACGACAUCAACAGAGAUGGCUACAUCAAUAAAGAGGAGAUGAUGGACAUUGUCAGAGCCAUCUACGACAUGAUGGGGAAAUACACAUACCCAGCACUGAGGACUGACACCCCAAGACAACAUGUGGACGCUUUCUUCCAGAAGAUGGAUAAGAACAAAGAUGGAGUGGUGACCCUGGAUGAGUUCAUUCUCUCGUGCCAAGAGGAUGAGAACAUCAUGCGGUCAUUACAGCUGUUUGAGAAUGUAAUAUAAGCAAAAAGAAGCCGUGCUGAUCAGAGGACAGGAGCAGCAGGUACAACAGGAGCGAGCAGACAGAAGAAUGCAGAAUGGGAUCAGAGGGGUGGAAUGACAAGCUGUGACAGAGAAAACGGACUCUGCUUGGCAGUCUUUCAGCAAUGCCACUAACACAUCCCUGGCACAACACGCAACCACAUUACCAUGGCAACAGUGUGUGGGGUGCAGGCCCGACCUUUCUCAACCUUGACCUUGACCCCCUUGUUCAUUCAAAACCUCCAAUCCUGGUGUUCCUAUUGGUCAUUUGCUGUGUAGCUGUUCUUUCAUGUUGUGUAACAGGGAACACCAAAGCUGCCUUCCCACCACAGACGCCGAUGGUUUUGAUCAUGGAACUGAACUAUAGACUAACACCACACGCUUGAGUGGGCUAGGCUAAUAUGAUCACACUGAAGUGCUUGACCAGAGGAUUAUGGGAUUGAUUAGUGUUCUUUCGAUAGCAUUUACAUGUUGCAUGAUUCUAAUCAUGGUAGGUUUUCACAAAUUGGUUGCUUCAUGUGAUGGUUUGUAUUAUUUUAAAUGAAAACUUAACUCCAGCUAAAUAUGACAAGCCUUGCGAACAUAACGGCCGAAUCCUCCCAGGCCUUGAUUCACACAGUAAGGAGUGAAGACAACUGCCACAGCCAUACUUGUACCAUUUCCUCAUUUUCUUAGUAGCACAUACUUUAGUAGCACAGCACAGAGCGGUCCUACGUGUCUGCUUUAGCAUGAUAACCAUUAGCCUCUAUGGUGGAAAGACAGUUUGUCACUGGUAUAACACCACACUGGUAUGUCAAAAGACAAUAUUAUAUCCUACUUGUAUUGGAGACAAUCAAAUAACACUCUUUACACGCAGAUCAAUAUAUUCCAUGUGACCUGAACUGUACUGAAACUGUAAGCCUACUGUACUGCUGUCCCUUUGUCAGUGUGUUCUCUGCUCCUAUAUUCCACUCCUAUAAUCUUUAUUGUAAUGUCCGGUGUAAAUAUCCCUCUGCCUCCCUUCCUCCUCCUCCAACCAGUUAUUUCUUGACCAUGUUCAGUGUCUGUCCUAAUAUUUAGAUGCUUCUUCUGUGUUUGCUGUUGGCCUGUGCUUGAAGUUGUGACGUUUGCCUGGGAUUUAAAACCUUGGGAUCUUGGUCUGAGUUCUGUCAGGCUGUCUCUGUAUUGGUCUGUUCAUCUGUCUGUCUGAGUUUACGGGCGAGAAUCGUAUGGGCCAGUCAAACAGUUUGUGUGUGUGUGUGUGUGUGUGUGUGUGUGUGUGAAUGAGUAAGUGCGUGAGUGUGUGUGUGUGUGUGUGAGAGAGAGUGAGUGUGACUCCAUCUGUCUGAGUUUAUGGGCGAGAAUUGCACUGGGCCAAUCGAACACUGUGUGUGUGUGUGUGUGUGAGAGCGAGUGAGUGUGUGUGAGAGAGAGACAGUGAGUGUGACUCCAUUGGGGCUCUCGAUCUGAAGUAUUGUUUUUGUUUCUUUGUUUGCUUUGUCCCUUGAUAAAAAAAUUAUAAUUCUGUGCCACAUCAGAAACUCACUGUGAAUGGAUACUUCUCAUACUGUGAUCGUCGGAUUGAUGAAGAAAUGAGGAAGACGUCAGUCAGAGCUCAGGACAGAUUUAGAGGAGAUAAGCCAUUCAAUUCAGUGAAAAUAAAGGGAAAUGUAUUUCCUCCAUAAAUCACUAACAAGUACAGUAAAUAUAUGGCCACUUGGGACAACAUGGCUAACUUGAAAUAAAUUAUUUACCUUGAAUAUUUUCGUUUGUUUUUAGUUGAACUUAUUUAACUGGCCAUGACAUCCAGUGUGAACGGAUCUUAUUUAAAAAAUCAGUGAAUGUUUAGGGAAUAUGUAAAUUUGA